UUCGCUGCUCCACGCCAAAGACAAUCCAAUUAGGUGUUCUAGGACACCUCACACGUCUGCAGAAAAUGUCGGGAAAAGCUGAAUCUGAACCAGAGGGGUUGAAGCUGAAGGUGCUAGCACUACACGGAUACCGGCAAAACGGGGACAGUUUCCGUUCGAAGCUAGGAUCAUUUCGGAAGCAAGUCAACAAGUACGUCGAGCUUGUGUUCCUAUCUGCACCGCACAUAGCAGCACCGCUGGAGGACGGAGGUGAGCAGGACCCAGUGCAACGAAGUUGGUGGUUCAACAAGGACGAUCGGACGUUCAAGGGAACGAACCAGGGUGGUCCGGCGUACGGGUUCGACGAAAGCCUAAAGCUGGUAGAAAAAACGUGGGAAGCGGAGGGUUGCCAUGGCUUGCUAGGUUUCUCGCAGGGCGCCUGCUUUGCCGGGUUACUGUGUGAUCUGAGCGCUCGAGGCAUGACCACGGUAAAGCCACAAUUUGCCAUCCUGUCAUCCGGCUUUCGUUCUGGCAGUUUGGUGCAUUUGAAUUAUUACGAAAACAAAAUACAACUUCCUUCGCUGCACAUUUUCGGCGACACAGACGAAAUCAUAACGAAAGACAUGAGCGUCACGCUUUCGGACACCUUCCUGGAGCCACUGGUUGUGACUCAUGCCGGUGGGCAUUAUUUUCCGGCACAGGCUACAAUGAAGCAAACGUACAUCGAUUUCUUUCGUGACCAGCUACAGCUGCAUUUAGAAGCCAAAGAACUAGCGAAUGCUACGGAGGAGAAUAGUUUCCACGUUGAACAGCCAGAGGGUAACCCCGAUGCGGAUGAUUCGGAUUCUGAGUAAGGUAUCGGUGCUGCGUCGUAGACUAUUAAGACUUUAGUUUCAUUUUCCAUAAUUUAAUUACUCAAAACCGUACGAAUAAAAUUACCCGAAGAAUAGAAAGAAAAUAAAGAGUCGGUGACAAGGAUUGGGGGGGGAACAUCCUCCUUGUCCGCACCGAAUG